UCCCUAGUCUGCUGCAUCCCUCCUACUUGGCAUUCAUGUUUGGGGGGGGCAGGUUCGCGUCCUCUUGGUUUCUCACGACAUCCGCUAAGAGGCAGGGGAAAGAAAGUCAGCGCGAUGGGAGGAGGACAGAAAAGGCAAGAGUGAGGAAGCAUGCAGGGUGGAGGGCUGGACGGUGGAAGACAAGGGGGAGUAGAGAGGCAACACAAGCCCUGAAUACAAAUGAGCUGAACGCAUUCCCUCCCUCUCGCUCACUCUUUCGCGCACAUGAAUCUGCACUCUUUCUCCCGCACAGACAUGCGUUCCUUCUCUCUCCAUGUGCUCCGUCGCUGCGUCAGACCGAGUAGCGCACGGGGAGGUCAUUUCGACCACUUAAGUCAUUAGCCAUCGCCGGUGGUUGGGACAAGCUUCUUAAAAAAAGGAUGGCGAGCGGACGGACUGCGUGAGUCCGCCCGCGCACGGUUUCGGAGGCACGCUGUCUGAGGAGCGGCGGCUGAGGAGAGGGCAAGAAGCAGACGACUCGGCGAGAGAUUCGUCACAGCACUUUGACAUCAUCAACAUCCGAUCAGACAUGGUCAGGGCAUAAGAACCUGGCGCCACGGCAACCGUCAGCCUAGCAACGAGGUACCCGAGAGCAAGGAGCUUGAGAGCUGAGACAAGGCAGGCUGAAACAAAGACGCGGGUGGCAUGGCGAUGGAGAAGAAGCCGGGUGUGAAGAGCAGCAGCUCCAUUGUCCCCUGUUUCCUCUUUGUCGAGCGUGUCAUCCGGGGAGAUUUGGAAGACUCUGGAAAACGGACAGCGGGCGGGGGAAAAUUGGAAACGUACAAAGAAAUAGCCGACGUCUUCAAGCCCAAGCAGUGCAUAUCACGUCAAGAAAAUCAUGUACUUUCUUGUUUUGUUUUCAUUCACGUAAAAAAAAUAGUGACACGCAACAAUUUCCAACCAGAUUCUAAUCGUUUUGUGUUUUGUUUUUUGUGUUUGCAGAUUCUUGUCGGUGAACUGUGCGCUUUCUUCACCAAGGCAGAAGGAAGCCAGGAGAGGACCAUUGUCACUGCAGACUGCUGCUACUUCAACCCCCUCCUGAGACGCAUCAUCCGCUUCUUAGGUGUCUAUGCCUUCGGUCUACUGACGACAAGCAUCUUCGCCAAUGCCGGGCAGGUGGUGACAGGAAACCAGACUCCUCACUUCCUCUCGGCAUGCAGACCAAACUACACGGCGCUCGGCUGCCAAUCCAACACGCAAUACAUCACAGAGCGCCGGGCCUGCACGGGCAACCCUCUCGUCGUCCUGUCUGCACGGAAAUCCUUCCCCUGCAAGGACGCGGCGCUCAGUGUCUACUCUGCAGUGUACACCGUGAUGUAUGUGACGCUGGUGUUCAAGACCAAAGGGACGCGUCUGACAAAGCCCACCGUCAGCUUCACCUUGCUGUGCCUGGCGAUGAUCGUCGGCGUGAUCAGGGUGGCUGAAUAUCGCAACCACUGGGCCGAUGUCCUGGCGGGAUUCUUCACUGGCGGAGCCAUCGCUGUCUUUCUGGUGACUUGUGUGAUUAACAACUUCCAGCAGAUGCAGCUCGGGCCUUCUGCACAAGUCGCCCAGUGUCCCGAGUCCACGUCGGCGAUGCCCAUGGUGACGCUGCCCUGUGUGGAGAGUCCACUAGAAAAACUCCGCGGGGAUCACCGUUCACCGAGAUCACAUGACCAUCAGCCCUAUCGGUUCCCCGCCAAAGCCGAUGUCCUCACACCGUCUCGCUUCAUUUCCAGCCAAGUCUAGACCGGGCCGAACAGCGCUCUCCUCGCUGCGCCGCGCAUUCAGCCGGGCGGUACGCCACGCUGCACCGCUCCUAUUCCACGCAGGUCUAGACUGCUGGCGCACACUUCGCAAGUCCGCACGCACGCUUCCCGUCGGUCGCUCCCCCAUCCACCCAAAUUCCCCGGGAACCGAUAGGCAAGACUUUUUCAAAGACGUGACCUUGGCUGGAAACCCCAGUGAAGGACCGGAACAUUCACUUUUCUUUUUCAAUAAUCUUUUUCGCCGCGUUUCUACUUUUUUAUAUAAAGUCACGCAAAGCUCCCAAAGUCACGCGAUGAAAGUCGCGAUGUUGUUCCCAGACUUGCACUUGUACUUGUUGUCUUUGUGUUUUGCAGCAGUUUUGAUGCCGGGUAGCCGCUGGCUGCCUCUUAACAGGUCAGUCUCAGACGUCACUUUCGGGAAAGGAGACUUCUGGUUGUCUGUGUGGUGGUUGUAAGUCAUCUUGAGAACACACGUGGCCGUUGCUUUCUCAUGUCAAGGAUGUGUCACGAGUUUUGAUGACAUCCAAAGAAUAUAUCGAUUCAAUCGGAAAUUACGUCCCUCCCGCCCCCCCCAAUAAAACUCAGCCCAGUCCGCAAGCACAAUUUAUAAUUCAUCUCCAUCAAGAGUCUUAUUUCUUGAUAUUAUUUCCUUUCCUCAGUGUACGAGAUGUGAAAUAACUUCCUGUGCCUUGUGAACUCGCUAUCUGUCAGCCAAGCCAGGUAGCGGAGGUGACAUCACAAAUUGGAAAUUCCUUGCCAGCGCUUGACUCCUCAUUUAGAUGAUUUACCUCUGACCAAACAAAGCACGCUUUCGCAUCGGAGAUCUCAUACAAGAUGGCAGAGGUCAAGUUCAAGUUCUAAAUGAUGCUUGUCAACUCACAAUUUUUAACUCAGCUCUUCAAACGUUCAGGAUUUUUUUUUUUCGUAGUAGUCUAAGGCAAACACCACGUUUUACUUCCAGAGGUUAUACAUAUACAUAUAUAUCAUCCGACUGUACAUUUACGUUCAUUUAACGUUUCGUGCAUUUAUCUUGGGCGCACACUCACUAUUUGUAUUGAUGAUUAAUGAAUUGAUUUUUAAGAGAUGUAUUCAUGAGCACGAAUAUGGCAAAUGGUGGUGGUUGUUUUCGCCGCGACGUGCACACGUGACGAGAGCUUCGCUGACUUUGAUUGGCAGGCUUCCUCCCUCCCAUCCGCGUUUAUCAUUCACUCUCCGCUUUGCUUCUUUCCCUCCAAAUCCUUUCACAGUCCAUCCGCAGCCCUCCUUGAUUCUUGUUUCACGAUCAUUUUAUUUGUCUUAUGUUUCCCUCUGCUGGACGUCGGUUUCCUCGUGCUGUUUAUAACGCCUGCCAUUUUAAUCCACUUUUUACACUGAACGCUGUAUAAUAUUGUACAUAGUUUCUUUAUUUCUUUUUUUUUUUUUGUAUUGAGAGUCAUAUAUUUAGUCAAAGCUCACUUCCUCUCUUGACUGGGGAAAAUCUUAUAUUGAUUGGGUUCAUUGUGACGUGGUCAUGGGAGUGUCUCGCUACUUCUUGCCUGGAAAGUGUGACGACAUAUUUCGCUCUCGAAUGAACUGUUCACUGGACCAAAGUAAGACAAGGGUUGAGAACAAAAAAAAAAAUAUUGUAAUGCACCUUCAAAAAGACAAAUAUUAUCACUGGAUAGGAAUUUAAAAAGGAGCCACAUGUCAGAAAGCUUCAACUGAUACAAAACGUGAUCAGGAGUAUUGAUCGUGGCUAAAUCUAAGCCUUGUAAGUACAAACCUUGUGUACCGUGCUCAAAAUAGUUUGCUGUACACGUCAACAGCAAUUGAAAAGUUUUUCUUGAGAGUAACGACUUUGAUGGCACCAGCUAUUGCAAUACGUCAUCCCAAUGAAGAUGUGAAUUACACCCCCACACCCCAAAAAUAGUUGCCGCACAGGUGUAAGAUCUUAUUUCAAAUACAAAUGGCCCCUGAUGAUUAUUCUUUUAGCAUUUUCAGCGCACGACUAAUAUUUGUGCAUUGCGUGUCAACUUUCGCCGUCUCUGAGCGUGGCUUUCCAAAUGUGUCGACGCAAAAAGUAAGGCCCAAGAGAAAAAAAAAAUAACAACAACACCUGUAGGCUCCAUAUUUUCCCCGGGUUCAACCAUCAGCGUGGCAGUUGACUUUCCUGUCAAGUCUUUCAUCUGUUUUAGCGAAGAAUAAACACAGUGCAGUUGACUGAAUGAAAGCUUUGACUAAAAAGCACCAGUGGCCCUCUCACAUCUGCAAUGCUGAGGGGAAACAUUUUUUUUCUUUUUUCAAGUCUUGCUGCAGCCAAUUGUCUGUUUUGUAAGAAUUGUGCGAUGAGAACAAUAAAUGGAUCUUGCAGUGAGAGAAA